AUGCGAGCCGUGCUGGUGUUGUACUUCAAGUACUUCCUGCUGUGGGAUGAUGACUUUGCCACCACCAUCUACCACACCUUCGUGGCCCUCUGUUACCUGACUCCUAUCCUGGGAGCCAUUAUAGCUGACUCGUGGCUCGGCAAGUUCAAGACCAUUGUUUACCUGUCCAUCGUUUACGCGCUGGGACAGGUGGUCAUGGCCGUGAGCGCUAUCCAUGACAUCACGGACACAAACAGAGACGGCACCCCCGACAACAUGACCCUCCAUGUAGCUCUGUCCAUGCUGGGUUUGAUUCUUAUCGCCCUGGGAACAGGAGGCAUCAAGCCCUGUGUGGCCGCCUUCGGUGGAGACCAGUUUCAAGACGAUCAGGAGAAGCAGAGGAGCACCUUCUUCUCCAUCUUCUACCUGUCCAUCAACGCUGGCAGCCUGCUGUCCACUCUCAUCACCCCCAUCCUCAGAGCUCAAGAAUGUGGCAUUUACACCAAGCAGGAGUGCUACCCACUGGCCUUCGGUGUCCCUGCUGCUCUCAUGGUGGUUUCUCUGCUUGUGUUCAUCGUUGGAAGCGGCAUGUACAACAAGACCGCCCCUCAGGGCAACAUCAUGGUGAAAGUCUGCAAAUGUAUCGCGUUUGCCAUCAGCAACCGCUUCAGACAUCGUUCUUCUGUGUACCCCAAGAGACACCACUGGAUGGACUGGGCUGAGGAGAGAUAUGAUAAACUCCUGAUCGCACAGGUGAAGAUGGUGCUGAAGGUGCUGUUCCUCUACAUCCCUCUGCCUAUGUUCUGGGCUCUCUUUGACCAGCAGGGCUCCAGGUGGACCCUGCAGGCCACCACCAUGAACGGAAACUUUGGGCUUCUCACCAUCAUGCCCGAUCAGAUGCAGACCGUCAACCCGAUCUUGAUCCUGGUUCUGGUGCCAGUCGUGGACAGUAUAGUCUAUCCCCUGAUUGCCAAGUGUAGAAUUAACUUCACCCCGUUAAAGAGGAUGAACGUGGGGAUGUUCCUGGCUGGCCUCGCCUUCGUGGCUGCUGCCCUGGUCCAGCUACAGAUUGAUAAAACCUUGCCGACGUUCCCGUCGAGCACCGAGGGCCAAGUGAAGUUCAUCAACAUGAUCAACGAGAAAGUCAACUUCACAGCUGGAGACAAUGGGAUUAGCUUGGAUGCUUUCACGGCCAGUGAGGAUUACCUGACCUUCGACGAGCCAUUUCACCUGAAUCUGGGGCCUGGAGCCAAUUAUCCAAUCAGCGUACCCGAUGGCACGAGGAACACCAUCAUCAUCGUUCAGGAUGCGGUUGUAUACGGGCAUAUAAAUUUCAAAGACUUUGCAGCGAAGCCGGACAAAGGAGCUAACGCUAUCAGAUUUCUAAAUGGUUUUCACUCAGCUUUGAACGUCACUCUGGGUGAAGAGCAGUUCGGGAACAUCGUCAACAACAACAUGUCACAAUACGUGAACGUAUCACAGGGACUGGCUAAGUUCCAGAUCAAGAACGAUGUGGGAGAUGUGUGUAUGUACGAACAGACGCUGGGCUUCGGCAGCUCCUUCACCAUGGUCAUCCCUUCAACCUUCGCAUUCGGACCAAAUUGUGCAGACACCAUCCGGCCCAUCAUGGACAUCAGUCCUAACUCCGUCCACAUGGCCUUGCAGAUCCCUCAGUAUUUCUUCAUGACUGCAGGAGAGGUGGUGUUCUCUGUCACUGGCCUGGAGUUCUCCUACUCACAGGCACCCAGCAACAUGAAGUCUGUGCUGCAGGCCGGUUGGCUGUUAACUGUUGCUGUCGGUAACAUUAUUGUCCUCAUUGUCGCCGAGGCUGCAACACUCGAAGAUCAGUGGGCCGAGUACCUCCUCUUCGCCUCACUGUUGGUGUUCGUGUGCAUCGUCUUCUCAUUUAUGGCCUACUUCUACAAAUACAUUGAUCCAACCAAGAUAGAAGCCCAGUUUACCCAACUGGAUCCAGAGGAGAAGGAGAAGAGGAAGAGUUUGGAAAUGACCAGGAAGGAGUCGCAUGGCGGUGGCAGGAAGGGAUCUGAUUCCAGCUCUGACAACGAGAAAGUUAAACAAACCAGGAUCUAA